CAUUGUCCUAUUUACAGGUUGCGAUUUGUAUAGUCGUAUAGUGUCCAAAAAAAAAAAUUAUAUGAGAUACAGACAUAUUUUAAUCGUAUAAAUACUGGGAACUAUUCUCUGAAGGCGAAGCACUACUAUUUGGGCGGAGUGAGAACCGCAGCACCUGAGACGCGCCGUUGUUUCUUCUGUCAACAAAACAAACGUGACUAACUAGCUAGUAGCUGACGUGAAUGGUGAUCAUGGCUGAUUUUGACGAAAUGUCAGAUGAUUUUUACUUUGUCUCAAACCAAGAUCCUGAACCAUAUCGGUUUGAGCCAGAAUACACAGACGAGGAAUUACAAAGUUUUGAGGCUGAUAGCCAAGAUGCCGAACAGACUGAGGAGGUCGAGGGGAGAAUCCGAACUAACACGGACUGGUGGUGUAAAUGUGGAACAUGUCAACCUAUGCCCACAGAAAGCGAGUGCAUUUGUUGUAAUGAAUGGGAGCGGGUAUUGCCAUCAAUGGCAAGUCGUGAUGACAAUGAAGAUAUUUGCGUCACUAUCACGGAGGAAUUCUCUGCCCUGAUACACCCUGCGGUUGUCGAUUUUUUUUCCCGUUGUGACAAGAUAAACUGGAAGAAACGUCCCAUGCCGAGUGAACCGAAUGGACAGCUGUCCUCCAAUCAAUACAGGUUGGUGUCCUACCGCAUAGUGUUGGAGUGGGCCCUGAAGGGAGAAACUUUGGGUAGAAGCAAUCGUAAACCAUUGCCAUCAUGUGUGGUUGGUGCCAUUCGAAGAAAAUAUCCUUCAGAGACUGGUGUCUAUGUGGGAUUUCAAGAGGCUGAGGAUGCAAUUGAAAUGUUCUAAGUAUGCAUGUGUCAACACCAAUCAUAUAUAAAAUGUUCCAUCCUUUGACCUCCUACAAGACAGCAG